CCAUCUGCUGUUGCAAUAGAAGCAUUUUUGUAAAAUUUCUUCAAUUCUGAAAGCAUACAAAAAUUAACAUUUUAAUUCUAAAAUUUGAUACCACCAAAAAAUAAUUAUUGUUAUUGUCUUACAUUAGUAAUGGUCAAGUUCUUUUCUAUGCCAUUAAUAUUUAAUCUGGUUAAAUCGGAAUGAACUACAGUCCCCUUCGCCCCAAUCCUCUAUCCGGCCACCCCUUGGCAACAACCACUACACUCUUACCCACAUGUGCCCCCCUUGUGCCCGCUGCUUGUCAACUCAAAGUUUCCUCUCAAAACCCACUCCCAUUGUAAAAUAAAACAUUAAACCAUGACGGCAGAAGACAGCGGCCAACUUGGCAUGGGAUUAAGAAUUGACUGUCAACACAAAAAUAGCCGUAGACUUUUGGUCAAGUUCAAGAAAGUAAAUCCAGGAAACAUGCGGCACUUGGGUUAGCAUUAUCUGAGUUCCUUGCCAAUCAUGGAUUGAGCGUUUCCAUCUAGUUUAUGAAUUAUUUUUUUUGGGGUGUUUAAUGUGGAAGAGCCCAGCUUACUAUGACAUGUUCCAUGUAAACUGAUUUGAACAAAAUAGGUCAAAAGGAUGCAUAAAUCCUAUUGGUCUAUUCAAAAUGACUUUUUCCUUCAAUGUAGGAUCAUUAUGGCAUCUAACUAUAGAAUCUGGGCACGAUUCAUCAUUGACCAGUAUCUAAGUAACAUAGCUAUUAUGGGAAUCAUUGAAAUAUUUAUUACCAGUGACAACGUUGUAUGGUAGUAACUACUCUGAGAAAAUUGCAGUUAAAAUCAUAAUUAAAAAUUUGCUUGUGUAAUUCUUAGCAAGAGCUGCAGUGUCAGUAAGUGUUCUUUGAAUUUCUAUUAAACCAGGGGUCUCCAAACUUUUCAGCCCGAGGGCCGCAUUAACUAUCAACAGCAGUUUGGGGGCCGAAUACACACUCAAGAUCCAAAUAAAAAAUAAUCAAAACAUGGAUGUUGUUUUUAAUUAUUUAUGUAUUAUUAUUUCAUUCAGUAUUUAUUUAAUAACACAUUGAUACAGACCUGUUUAUCCCCAAACUCUUGAAAUUGUACAAUAUAUCACAAAAUCCUUCAAUAAAGUAUCUUGUUAUUAAAAAAUAAACAUAACAUACAGUAUAUAUAAUGUAUACACCUCAAAAUCGUACAUUUUACGCCAAAAUCGUAAGAGUAAACAGGUCUGUUGAUACACGACACAUGAACAUCUGUAUUAGUGGGAAUUGUGAAAUUUUUUCCUGGAUACCAAAAUAGCAGUGAUUAGCAGACAUUUCUGGAUUUAGAUUUGAUGUCCCUAACAUCAACAGUGACCUGAGAUUAUCAUCGGAAAAAUUUGUUAUCAAAUUGUCCUUCACGUAUUUCGUUCUUGAAAAUGUUUGUUCACACAGGCAUGUUGUUCACACAGGUAUGUUGUUCACACAGGUAUGUUGUUCACACAGGCAUGUUGUCCACACAGGCAUGUUGUUCCAAAGUUUAAAAGGUACAUUGAUGCAAAUGUUUUGAAAUUAGGAAAGUCUUCCUUGGGCGAAAACUAGUUAAAAACCCACCGGUCCUUCUUUUAACUUGUCCCUAAGGAGGUCGUUUGCUUGCAACUCAAUGACCUCCAGCUGCAGUUCAUCUGGGCGACUGGCCACAUCUGCUUCAGAUGGGUUUUGAAAAAGUCUCACUUCUUCUGCCUUUAAAUCCAAGUCAGAAAACCGCUGCUGAAACUGCAGCUAGGGGUCUUUGAUGAUCUCGCAUGCAAAUGACAUGGUGAACUCUGUUGUUGCUUUAGCCAUGAAGACCUUGCACUGCUGAAAGUGUGUCAAGUUGUUGGCCUGUACUUGUUCCAAAAAAAACAAGACGAAUUUGGAUCUGAAGACCUUUAGGUGGGUGUAUAAAUCAGAAGCCAGAUUUUCUUCUCCUUGUAGUUUUAGGUUCAGAAAAUUUAAAUGACUAGUUAUGUCUGCAGCAAAGACCAAUUUCCCUGGUCACUCUUCAUCAGACACAAAUGGCUGUGGCUUGCCUUUACUUUCCAGGAAGUCACCUAUUUCCUUUCUUAACUUAAAUACCCUGCUCAGAACUUUCUCACAACUUAGCCAUCUUAUUGCUGUGUAAUAUGGUAAAUCUUCUGAUUCUGUGUCUGUAUCUUUAAACAGGUCUCUAAACUGACUAUGGUUGAGCCAAUGUGACCUUAUUAAUGUAACCCUCUUUACCGCAGGAUUCAGUACAUUGCUAAUGUCCACAUAUUUAGCAAACAAAGCUUUUUGCUGAAUAAUACAGUGCAUGAACAUUGGUUGCAGAAUUUUUUUCUCAUUAAACAUCUGCUUCACUUGUCCAGCCAAGCCUUUCUUUAUGCCACUCAUGUUAUUUCCGCCGUCAACAGUCAGGCAACUGAGGUUAGUUCAGUCCAAGUUAAAAUCAGCAAAUUUUUUUUUCAACUCAUCAUUAAUAGUUCCGUACAUGCUAUUUCGGAAGCCAGCUCUUGUGUUAUGUUCAUGUCUUCAUCCACACACCCGCAACAAACACAAGCAGUUAAGAGGUGGAACAGCUGUCCAGCGAUUCAUCUAUUGCAAUUAAAAAUUGGCGAAACUUGCUUGCAUUUUUCACUAUUCGAGUCACAAUGUUUUCACCCAUGUCUGCAACACGGCGGGUAAAGUCCCGCCACUAGAUGGCGUUAUAUAUUCUCAUUUCAUUGACUGUAAAUGAAAGUAGAAAACUAAACAGCGAAUAAAGUUUUGCAAAGUAAUUAUCGGUUAGAAAACAUAACGAACUACUGCGCACCUCUAUUAUAAUUCAAUAAAAACAUAACGUCCACGUAAGUGGCGUCUGAUCUUGGCAGGAUACACGUACAUUUCUGUAAUUUUUUUCUGUAAACAAAAAGGUGUCCGCGGGCCAUAGUUUGGAGACCCCUGUAUUAAACAAUUAAAUAUAAAUUAAUAUCACUAACAAUUAAUAGUAUUAGUUCCAUUUGAAAUUAUGCCUAUUUAUAACUAUGGCAUGACUUAAUUCUAAAAUUAAAGCAGGUGUGAUAUACCAUGAUUUGUUUUUUUAAAAGAAAUAUAAUGAUAAUGUACCUUCCCUGUAAAUUUGAGACUUUUUCAUAAAGUUUUGACAGAUGAUGAUGAUUGAGUAUUUUUGUCUUUCUGCGCCCCCAAACAAUGGAAUUCUUUGCCACUACACAUCCGCAGUAUACCAACCACCCAGGCCUUCAAAACUGCACUCAAAACACAUCUCUUUAAAUUAUACUACCCUGACUGAUUCCCCUCCUCUGACCGAUAAAUGAUCCUACUGGCAGCCGUCCAUGGUUUGCCAUGUAAAAGUUCUGGGGUGGGGUGGGUAAAUAGCCAUUUGUUUUUGUUGUUUUGGUUACACGCUGUUCUUUAUUUCAUAAAUGUAUUUCAUUUUAAUGUCAUGAUUAUGUCUCUUUUGCUAGUAUUUUUAUGUACAGUGCGGUGAGCCCAGCCCUAGGCUGGGGUACUGCGCUAUAUAAGACCACUAAUUAUUAUUAUUAUUAUUAUUUUAGCAUGCUCACAGCGCUCUGAUAUCUAAAAAUCUAUUUAAAGAAAAAAUCCUUAAAAAUAUCUUAAUUGACUAUGGCUUUCAAUUUCCCUCAAAGAUUGAGGCAAACUGUUCCACAACUUAGGUGCAAUAAUGUCAAAAGAGCAAACCGUAUGGCUUCUUUCUGUGUCAAUACACACUGGGAACUCUCAGUAAGGACUGUGUUGAAGAACGCAGGUUCUGUAAGGAUACAUGUUUAGAAAUCGGUUUUGAAGCUAUUCAGGUGCAGAGCUUUCAAUACAGCUAUAUGCCAGGAACAGAAUUUUGGGACAAUGCACUCACUCACGGGAAGCCAGUGGAGAUCUUUAAGAACUGGGUUGAUGUGGUCAGAUUUCUUUAUACUGGAUAAAAUUUGUGCUGCAGUAUUUUGUACCUUAUGUAGUCUCGGAAUUUCGUUUUUGAGGUAAACCCCACAAACAAAUGUUACAGUAAUCUAAUCUUGAUUGGAUUAGAGUGACUGCUACAGCACUGACUGUUCUCUAAUUAAGUUGAGGAUGCAGCUGACCCAGAGCGCAAUGUAGACAGAAACAAGCCCUGACCACAGAACUGAUAUGAAGGACAAUUGUAAGUUUACUGUCAGUAUAGAAGAAGCCAAGUCUCUAACAGUGUUGCACAAGGGGAUCUCAGAAACACCAACUUUUAUCGAUGCGAAAGAAACCUUCCGAAUAUUGGCAUGGAUUAACCUGAAUGGACAGGGGUGGUAAUUGUUUUACAGAGUUAUAGCUUAUUCUAAAAACUACCAAAAACGUGUCACAAAAUGGGGAGAAAAAAUAUAUUAGUAACAUUGGGCUGGGAAAAUCAAAACUAUCCCAAACUUUAAAAAUUCCUAACUUUAAAAGUUAAACUACAAUAGUCUAUAGAAAACAAUAGUUAGAAAUUAGGGUAAAAGUGCAGUUCAGGUGCGUAUAUUAUUUCUUAGCGCAUUUCGUAUUUAAAAUUUUUUUUAACCAUUUAAACUUACGUGUAUUCUUUAAUAAUUAAAUCCAGGCAGUUAUAGUUAACUAAUUCUAGAUUAUAAAUCGCAUCUUUUCUUUUUAUUUCACUUCUAAAGAGUCUUUAAACAUCCCCCAACCAAAGUGACAGGGCCCCCAUUUGUUUGUAUUUUUCUUUUUACGCUAUGCCAGAUUUUUAGCCAGCUAUAAGUUAGUAAUGCUAAACGAAAUUUUCAAACUAAGCAUGUUCACAAAAAAGAAUGAAAUACUAGAUUCUUCAUUACGCACAAGCGCCCCCCCCCCCCCCCACCAACUUUCUUUUUUCCCCUCUCAUAGAGCUCGGAAUAUACGGGUUGUCCUUUUUGAAGUCGAGUCGGGGGGAGAUUAGAAGUGGAUCACUGACUAAGCAGUGGACACACACGUCAUCAUUGUCCUGGACCUGGUGUGAAGCUGAUCACCCUGAAGGCUGCUGAUACGCUGUCCGUGAUUGGUCAGCUCUAAUUUGAGCACCCCUCCUCUUUUUUCGUAUGCAAAUGCGCUUAUUACUGGUGACUGAUUUGCACUGAGUAAAGUGAGGGCUAGUGAUUAUUUUUGUUAUAUUAUAAGACGGACUCGUUUUGGCUUUGCGGUAUUGCUGGUUGUAGGAUCAUUUUGUUUAAAAUGACAGGACGACCAAGAAACAAUAACUAAAAUUGUUGAUGCAACGGGCAUUUUUAAUGGUGCAGCAUUUGGUUUAUACGCGCACCUUGUGUGGCAACAAAUAAUGUUAAUACAACUGUAAUUUCUCCUAAGGCGCUCGUAACAAUUGCAGUGUGGCUUGUAAGCUGGGUUCGUAUGUCAAGUGUGUGAGCUCCCCAUAAUUACCGGGAUCUGCAUAUCACCCGAAACAGGAUCUCACCGUAACCGGUAUCCCGCCAGGAUCGGUAACCCACUGGAUCGGGAUCCCACCGAAAUCAGGAUCUCACUAGGAUCAAAAUCCUAUCAGGAUCGGAAUCUCACCGAAACGGGAUCCCACCGGAUUGGGAUCUCAUUUCCGGGUGCCAUCGGAAAACGGGAAAAACGAAAGGUUUACAUAAGUUAUUUUAAUUGUUUUAAUAGGAGACAAAUUAAUUAUUAUUAUUUUUACUAUAGUGUUGUUGACAUUUCCUUUAAUAGCAAUGUGAACUAAAAGGACGUAGCAGAUGUUUUUUUCUGAAUGCAGCCCCGGGCGACUCCGGUUAUCGUUGAUAGUAAAGUUAUAAAAUAAAUACAUCUUUUAUUUUAACAAGAUUCAUCCAAUUGGGCAACUUUUAUAAAGUAUCUUUAAAGACAGAAGAGUUAUCCUUGAUUUACCACAAUGGCUCCGUAAAACACGAAAGAUUCAUAAAAAUGUACUUUUUUGUAUUCCAAUAAAAAGAUGGUAUAUAACUUUUAAAAUACUUUUUAUAAAGAAUUAACAUAAGUUUACACGGGAAAAUAAGAGAUUCAAACAGAAAUAAUAUACGCACCUGAACUGCACUUUUACCGAAAUUAGAUUCUGGUGUUAUAAUUCUUUAAAAAAUGAGCUUUCUAUUCAUUAUGAUUAUGCCAUUGGUUUAUUUUUACAAAUUUUAAAAAAAAUCCAAGUACCUACAUAAUUCAUUUACUUCAAAACUUCUUCGCCCGACACCUAUUUCAAAUCAUUUGAAUUUCACAUGCCCAUGGCCCAUGCCCAUAGCCCAUAGCUAGAUACUUCGAUGAAAGAAGGGAGACUACUAUUUUUUUUGUAUCGGAAAUGGGCGUCGGCGCCGAAAAAUCCGAGUUUUUAAUUUUCCGAUGUGUGUGUCUAUUUAUUAUUAAAUUAGUUCUUUCCACAUAUAUUUGAGUUCCGUUUCCGGCCUUAUAAUUUGGAAGACAUCUUGGCCUACAUUUCUAGCCAGCUAUUUUGCUUUUUUCAAUCGACCUUUAUUUUGAAAAUCUUUGGUAUAUAUAAGGCAUCUUCGCAUACAAAAUUUUUUGUGAAAUAAUAAGAUAAGGUCCUUUUUGAUUAAAUCUGUAUGAGCAUUAGAUAUUGAUCUAUAUCUGUGCCAAGUUUCAUUGAUGUAGGUCGUGUCUCACGUUUGUUACACUUGUCACAGUGACCCAUAUCACCAUAAGGUGGCUCAGCCUAAUUUCGACAUGGCGUGGGCCACGCCCCCUUUUUAAUGGCGGAAGUUGCCGAUACUUAGGAAAUAUUUAAUUAUUACCACUAUAUACAUCAAAAUAUUUUAUAUUUUGUGUUUCAGAAUGCAUUUUGAAGACAUUUAAACUGGAAAUGUUUUAAUUUGAGCUUUAAAAACCCUGCAGAGUCCAUAUUAUAAAUGAUCAGAAUUUUCCCUGUGCAACACGUUGUCAUUGGCAACCAUUCACAGCCACUUGCAUAACGGCUACGUUGUAGUACUAUCUCAGAGUUUCAUUCAUAAGAGUUUGCCGUGUGCAAAAGCUAUUAAACCAUUGGUCAGGGAAAGCUUUUAUUAAUUAUUCAUGUGCCAAAGUUGAAAGUUUAAAAUAAGUCGACCCUAAACAGUAUUUUAGUGAUAAGGGAAUGCAUUGCCUUAUAUAAACUAUAUAGUCAUUGCCCAUGACGCGAUCAGUGGAAUGAGGUCACAGAAUGUGGAGAUGCAGUCUAUGUUAAAAAAGGACAAACCAAGUCGUACUUUAAAAAUUCAUAACUUUAAAACUACAACAGCUAAAAAUAUGAUUUUGGUGUUAUAAUUAUGUUUAAAAUUAGCUCUAUUCAACUGUGCCAUUGGUUUAUUUUUAAAAAAUGUUUACAUUUUUGACCAAAGUAUCUACCCAUAGCCAUAGCCCAUACUCAUACACAUUUUGAAGUAGUCUUCAUUGCUUUACCACUUUACCGAAGUACCUACCUCUGGGGUUGAAAGAUGCAUGUCUACAUUGAAAAUUGCAAAUAAAACUCUUUAAUCCGUUGGCUGAUAUAAGAGUAGAACUAGACCAUAAUUUUGAGUUCACGUUGGGAAGAAAUUUGUUUACUAAGGUCGUCGCCAUGUUUGUUUCUACUUUUUUAUUUAAUAUUUAAUUAAAAGCUCAGCCCAAUGACAAUGAAUAUUGUAGAAUCUAAAGGACUCUACAAAACAAAAAAUAACUUUUUACAAAUUUAGGCCUACAUUGGUAUUACAAUUGUAUCCACUAUUUAAAAAAUUAGGCUAAUUUAUUUAAUAAUAUUUUUUAAUAUUAAUAUUGCGGAUUAUAAGCACAUUUAUUAAGGAUUAUUGCCACAAUCAAAUAAAAAAACAAGAAGAUCUUUAACUUGAAAGUUUAGAAACAGAGUUAUACAGUAUACGUCGGAAGUUUGGAACAAUAAAGUUUAAUAUUUCACUCAUAGACUCACAGAGUUUAAGAUAUAAGACUAACUAUAGUCUAUAAUAGUAUAGACAGUCAAUCAAUCGAAUUAUUAAUCAAUUUUAGUUAUUAGUUCCAUUUCUAGUUGGCAGAUGAUAAGCUGGAGAUAAGCUUAUCCGUUGUUUAAGAUUCAUCUGUUAUUUCACUGUUCGACGGAGCUACCUAAUAACUAAUAUGGACGAUCAAGAUGUGCACAUGAAUCAAGUCAGAGAAAUGAACUUUAGAAAUCAAAUGACUCUCUCAGAAAUUUCAGAUUUAGAUCCUCCUCCACCAGCUUACUCAAGUUUAAUGGGUAUCCCUACUACAUUAUUGUAUAAUGGCUCCAGAUUUCAAGGCCAUCAAAAAAGCAAGGGCAACCGCUAUGAUGUUGAAGUGGUUUUACAGGUAGAAUUAACAACACACUGAAUUAGACUAUCAAUCAUAUGUCAUCAGUAUAUAAAAGAUACUGAAGGGGUUAGUUGAAGAGAGUGCCUAUUUGUUGUGGGUCUUGGGUUUCCCUCAAAAAGUGUUCUGUUUUUGUUCCUUAUCUACUCAAGCUUUUUGUUAGUUAUAUUAUAUAAAUUUUUAAUGGAAAAACUGAAUAGUCACUCAUUUACUGGGUAGGGUGGUGGUGAUAGUUGUUAAUUUUAUUAAUUUAAAACUCUUUAUUAAAUUUAUAAAUAUAAUUGAAAUCUAGGCCAAUCAUAAAGCUCUGUGGUUAACCAUGUAUUUGGCGUCUAUCCUUUGAUUUGGGAAAACAUUACUAAAGAAAGACAAUUUUAAUUUUUUUAACACUAUUUCUAUUAUUUUUAACAAAGUUGCAGAAGCCUCUUCCAAACCCAGAAAUUUUGCUAGCAGGAAUAAAUUUAAUUAUUAUAAAAGCUACCCAAGUUAUAUUGUUUCACUCAGUAUUCCAGAACAAAGACUGGAUAUAAUUAUGGAGAAUAACACAUAGAACUAUAAAGAACACUGUACUGGUACCCAUUUUGAACUUAUGGCUUACCAAAUUUGAGACCUACUGACAUCUUUUAACCCCUUGAAAUGUUAAAGGCUAAAUAUAGUUAUGCAUAUAAUUAAGCAAUGGGUGAUGUAAAUCUUUUCCCACUGAUCUCCCAUAUAUGUUUACAGGCAUAAUAUUUUCUCAAACAAAAUACAAAGCAGACUCAUAAAAGAAUUUUAAGUACCGGUACCAACAUCCAAAAAUUUACAUUUAUUUCAUUGCUUUAUUUAAAAAAAUAUUUCUCUUCUGGUGUUUUUUUUUUUUCUUCACAAACAUAACAAAGAUAUUUUUUAACAUUUUAGAACAUAAAAUCUACAAAGUAAAGAAUGAAAUAUGGCACUAGACAUAAAAUUUCAAUUUUAGAAUGGAAAUAGACAACAUUGUGUCAGGUGCUUUAAGAUCCAUGCCAUUAAGUUGUAAAGUGUGCUUUUAUUUUUCAGCAUGUUGAUGUGGAGAAAGCUUUCCUGUGUGGCUAUUUGAAAAUUAAAGGUUUAACUGAUGAAUAUCCAACUCUGACAACAUAUUUUGAUGGUGAAAUUAUCAGCAGCAGACAUCCAUUUUUAACACGGAAGUGGGAUGCUGAUGAGGAUGUUGACAAGAAACACUGGGUACUAAAAAAGAUAAUAGCUGAUCAUUGUUUGUAAAGAUUUUCAAAUGCUAAUUUUACACAAAUGCACUCAAGUUCAUUUUUAAAACAAUUUUGUUUUUUAGAUUGCUUAGCUGUAUUCAAUUAUUGUAUUUAAACUUUUUAAAAUGAAUUUAAAUGUAGUCCUAACAGAUAUUUAACUCAUUCAAGAGCUUUUUAUUAAAUAUUGUAUUAAACUGUAUAAUUAAUAAAUUGCUCUACCGGUACUGGAAAUUAUGCAUAAAGAAUGAAAUCAGCGCCGCGUCCCGAGCCAAUGCUUAUAUGCAACCCUGGGAACCCUAAGCCGCAGAAACUCCUCUCUUCCUGAGACAGAUGCAUGUCAGAGUCCUUCAAAGGGGAGGCACCAUGAAACAACCCCCCCCCCCGAAAAAAAAAUGUUACACUCUAAUGGCUAACCAUCCGGCCAACCCCGGAACGCCAAAGGGGGUGGCUUCCUUUAAAUUUGAGCCUACAAUAUAGAGAUGGAUUUCCUACUGCAGUUAAACAUGACCUCCCCUGCCAAGUAAUCCUAUCUUUUGGCCUUAAGCAAUAUGUAUGGCCCCUUAGUUGUUUGUGUUUAUAAACCUCGUCCAUUUUCAAAAAGUCCCUUAAAACUCAUCUGUUUAGGUCCGCCUAUGACCUGUGAUGCACCCUCCUUGCCCUACCUCAUUUUCUGUUUCGGGUUGAUCCUGAAGUGUCAAAGUGUCCUCGUUUUAUAGCCAUUUUCAUUGUUUCUAUAGAAUAGUAGUUACUAUCCUAGUGUCUCAUUUGUAUUUACUUAGUUUACAUGUUUUAAUAAUUGUAAAGCGCUUAGAGCUUUAUGAUAAGCGCUAUAUAAAAAUGCCUAAAUAAAUAAAUAAAUAAAUUACUAUUAUUUAAAAUUGAAGAUCUGUCUCUAAAGUGAAAAGUAGUAGUUUCUGUUGUGAAAAAAUUGAGAUGUGUAAUAAAAUGUAUCCAUACUUAACCAUGUAGCUACAAAAUGUACACAUAAUUGGUCAGUGUGUACCAAUGGAAAAAAAAUCUGAUUUUAGUAUGGAUUUCAAGUUGUCACAAUUUACUGUUCAAGACGAGUCAGUCCAAUUUGAUACAGGUCGGAUGCUUUGGUUAGCAAAUGUUUGAGUUAGUCUGUGAUGAGUGUAGAAUAUGAGGCUAGCAAAAUGAGUGAUUAAUCUGGUCAUUGAGGAGGCAUAGAGAAGACUCUGUAGGUUAAAUAAAAAUGUUCCAUUUCUAUAUUUUUGACUGAUCAUUUCUUGUAAGAAUACAAUAUAAAUAUGAGCAAUUUUAUUUUCAUUUAUUAAAUUUAAUUUUUUUUCAAAUAUUUUUCCUUUAGGGCAAAUUUGAGUCUUUUAAUAAUGGUAAUUGCGCCAAAAACUUCAACUCUGAUAACUUUGAUUAUGACGCAUUGAAAGCAUCUGAUUUUGUAUACAUGAGAUGGAAGGUAAGGUUAUUUUAAGAUAGAAAUUAAUCACUUCAUGUCACGAUCACCCACUUUCAUUUACCAAGGACAUCACAUUGUGGUCAUAACAAAGAGGCAAAGAACUUUUCUGAAAUACCAAGGAUGUCACGUUGACGUCAUAAUUUCUUCUUCUUCUUCUAUAUAUUAAGGGCCCAUGAUCAAUUUAUUGAUCACUUUGGCUCAAAUGCAUGUGGAGGGGAUUUGCAAUGUUUCUGUGCCUGGUGUUGAUGAGGAUAUUUCACUGAUUGGAAGUGCUACUUUGUGAUGGAAUCAUGCACUGGGGUUUGGAAGGCUUGAGGCAAUUGACACAAAUGUGUCUAGUGUUGUCGCCUCAACUGUUCCUUUUGAAAGCUUGUUCCAGUCCCUGAGUGUCUUAGGCAGGAAUGAACAGUUCAUUUACUGGCUUCUUGCUGGUAAGAGCCGGAGUUGCCUGUCAUGGCCUCGUUGCUGUCUAUGGAGGAGAGGGACGAGUUUCUGUUCACUACUGGAACAGUGGACCAGCCUAUUAUUUAUCUUGUACAUUAUGGAGAGCCUGUAUAGUCGUCGUUCCUCCAAUGGUGACCAGCCUAGUGUUUCCAGCAUGCUGCCAACACUAGAGGUAUUCCUGUAGCGGUUCAGGACAAAGCAUGCUGCCCGUCGCUGGACCACCUCCAACUUGUCAAUUCUCUUCUGGGUAAAUGGGUCCCAGACUGAAGAUGCAUAAUCUAAAACCUGACGGACAAAGGCUUUAUAUGCUCUUUCUUUCACACAGGAGUUGCCAAUCUUUAGAUUACGCCUUAAGAACCCCAAGGUUUUGUUUGCCUGGUUACAUACAUUGUUAAUAUGCUCGUCCCAGCGACCUGUCUUUGAAUGGUAUCACCCGGGUACUUUAUGGAGGGAACCGGUUCAAGUAUAUGGCCAUGCAGUUUGUAAUGUUAGUGUAGAGGAGUACAACUUCUAGAGACUGAUAGUGUCUGGCACUUGGCAGGGUAAAAUUCCAUGUCCCAGCUCAUCUCCCACUCAGUUAACCUAUUGAGAUCCUAUUGUAGCUGGUCCUGGUCAGAUCAGUUGGCGAUUGUCCUAUACACCGCUGUGUCAUCUGCAAACAGUCUUGCUUAGGAUGUCAGUUUCUCAGGUAGGUCAUUAAUGUUUGCUAGGAACAAACAAGGGUCUAGCACUGAUCCCUGGGGGACCCCUGACUUCACGCCGACAAAGGAGGAGCUUGUACCGUCCACCACUACUGCUUGGCAUUGGUUGCUAGAGAUCUUUGUUUUAGUGGAGCCUUGGAUCCCAUAUCUCUGAAGUUUUCUGUAGAAGAAGCAGACUGAUAGACAAGGUCAAAUGCCUUUGAGAAGUCCAUCACCAGCACGUCAGUUUGCUUGUGGUUCUCCAGAUUGGUCAUCAAGUCUUCUACAAAUUCAAGGAGCUGGGUCUCACAUGAUCUAUUGACUCGGAAGCCAUGUUGACAGUCAUUGAGUAUGUUCUGUCUUUCAAGAUACUUCAUGACUGUGCCUAUGAUUAUGUGCUCCAACAGUUUGCAGAACACGCUGGUGAGGGAUAUCGGACGAUAAUUGGCAGGGUUGGAAUGCUCCUCUUUCUUGUAGAUUGGAGUGACAUGCGUUGUUCUCUUGUAGAUUGGAGACCACAUGCUUUAUAGGGGUUAAUGGUUUUGAGGAGGGCAAGCACACCCUGCUCUGAUAUCUGGAUAUCUUCCAUGAUAGGGUAGGCUCUGUUCAUCUUUUUGGUCUUCAGAAGGAACUCAGCCUCCGAGUACUCUCUCCCGUCACCAAAGACUGACUGGAACUGUUGAUUUAGUAUGUUAGCCUGUGCUUUUGGGUCAGAUGUCAAAUGGCCAUCCCACCUCAGGGGGGAAACUGCAGCGUUUGAGGACUUUUUAGUGCUUCACAUAGCACCAGAAGCACUUGUUCUUGAUUUGUUAAUUUAUAGAGAAGUUAAUAAGCGAAUCAGAUAGAGAAGGAAAAAAUACCAGAAGUUUCUUCUUUAAGUAUUUUAAUUGCUGAGUCAGCAAUUGAUGCCAAAACCAGCAAUAAUUAAAGGGUUAAAAAUGUUUCUAUAUGUAAAUUGUAUGAAUUUAUUCAAGUUAAAAUAGCUCUCAUUUCAGUGAAUUUUUUUCAUGACAGUUUUUGUGUGCGAAAGUAGCUUAAAAACUAUUUUAGCAGUGUACCUAUGCUUUAUCAAGUUAGUAAAAUCCUUCUGAAAAUAUUUGGUUAUGAUGUAAGCACUUUUCCACAGGAACACUUUCUUGUACCCGACCAUACAAUUAAAGAUAUAAGUGGAGCUUCGUUUGCAGGAUUCUAUUACAUAUGUUUUCAGAAGUCAACUGCCACAAUAGAGGGCUACUACUAUCAUAGAAGCUCAGAAUGGUAAAUACAUGUGAUAAUUAUCAAUUUUUUAUUAUAGUAUAGUGAUAAAAAAACAGAGACUUAAAAAUUUGUUGCCAGUUUUUCAAUGGCAGCCAAAAAUAAAUCUUUUUUUUUCUUUUUUUUUUAAAAUUAUGUGCACUAUUAAUAUUAACAUCUAUGCAUCAAAAAUCUGCUUUAAAGUUGAAGUGACAAUAAUAAUGAAAUUACUUUUUUGUGUGCUAAUAACACCCUUGCUUAUAUGCAGUACCGGUAGUUGAAAAAUUAUAUGAAUGCAGUUGCUAUUUGAUUAGUCUCAAGUGUUAAUUGAUUCAUGUGUAGUGCAGAAAAUUGUUUGUUAUUUUGCUAUAAAAUAUCAUGGGUGGUCGAGUGGUGUAAACUACGUCAAUCCCAAGGUUGUCAUCUGGAGUUCAAUCACCACCAAAAACCAAGUCGAGCAAAAACAAUACCAGCACCCCGGGUGGAUGGAACCCGUUUACCUUGGAUGGCAACUCAUCUAAGAGUUAGACAAGGAGACUCUGAAUCAAAAUCCGGAGAGGGAGUCCCAUCGGUGGAUACAUUAAAUAAUACAAUGAAAAAUUCUGACAACUCCUGGGACGCAACUGGUCUCAAGCUGUGUCAUCCACAUAGGGUGUUCCCUUGGGCUAAACUGGUGCAUGGAGAGAGGCAAUUUGAGGUGUAGGGAAACAUCUUAUAGUUCUAUAGAAAAAAAUCCCAGUCCUUGUGAUUUUGUUCUGUGAAGUCUAUACCAUCGUCACAUUGUGACGGACAGAUGCCAGUAAUAAAAAAUAUCAUGUUAUUUAUUGUUGUAACUUAUUUUUUUUAAACUUAUGUUGAAUGAAUUAAUUUUUUAAAAUACAAAUUCUCUUUCCAGGUUUCAGUCCUUAAAUUUACAACAUGUACAAGAAAGAAAUACAGGCGUUUAUGAAUUCAGAUGAUGGGUAGAGAAGCUGAGAAAUGCACACAGCUUGUGAUCAUAUUCCAUCUAAUGGAGCAAUUUAAUUCUUGUUAUAUUUCUUGGAGAAAUUAUAGAAGUAUUUCCUUGACAAACUUUGUAAUAUCUCCCAUUGAAGUUCAUUAAAAAUUCUUCCUUAAAUAAACUGGUAUUAAUCACUCUUAGAAACAUACAUCAGCUUAGCAAAAGUAUUUCUGAGAUUAAAAAUGAGUAAUCUUUCUUGUAAGUUUGCCGGCAAGUAAUUUCAAGGGAGUCAAUGGAAUUUCCACUUAAUUCUUCAAUUCAUUUUUUUCCUUUUGUUUUUAAGACUCCAUGACAAAUAAAUUGUUUAAUUCUUCGAUUUCAAGACUAAGAGUGUUCCAACAAUCUAGUAUUAAAGGUACUUUUAUUUUCUUUAAUAAUAUUCACAUAAAGUAGACUCUUUCUAUAUCUAUUUUAUAGUGCUCUUUUAAUUGUUCGGCAUCCAUGAAACCUAUUUUAUGUUUUUAUUCAAGAACUGUCAUAAAUAGUUCUAAUGACUAGAUAUCUGUCAACUUUGAUACACCGUAAGGAGGAGAAAUUGUUCGAUUUUUGCUGUGACUUCCUUCUCAUGAUUUAUACACUUGCAGAUUAUGUAGUAUUGCACUACAAAAGAAAAGUUAAUAAAUUUUAUCUGCACUUUGUUGAGAUGCUAUCUGUGAUUCCUAAGCCGCUAUUGUCACAACUGUUAGACACUGCACUCUUAAGUACAUAUUAUUAGAAAUUUAGAUCUCAGGGCCUGCCCAACCAUAUGGUGAAACAUAAGAGCUUUAUAGCUGGUUCUAUAAAUUUCUCUUUAUUUUUAAAAAAAUGUUAUUCAUGGCAUUAAGAGACAUGCAAUACUUAUCAGAUUCUAGCAUGAGUGGGUCAUCUCUGUUAUGAAGUUAAUAUAUAAAUAUUUAUUACCAAUAAAUUUUAAGUUUUUUAAAAUAUUUUCAGUAAAUCUUUAAGGAAGACAUGAAUGAAGUAUUGUCAAAAAUUGUUGCAAGUAUGCUAAGCACACAAAUCUUUUUCUUUUUUUUUUUUUUUUUAAACUUCAAAACUGAAAUAUGUUUUCAUUUUUGCAAGGACAUGGUAAGUUAUGUUUUAAUUUCACCUUUAUUUUUGUGUAAAUAUAUUAUGAAUUCUGUUUCCAAUUUAUAAGUGCAUGAUAGCUUUUCCAGUCAUUAAAAAUUAUAUUUUGACAAAUAUUUUAUCCAAUCUGUUGCUAGAUAUCCAAUACUGAGUUUUAUUGUAGAAGAUCGUUUGUUCUAUUCAGAAGUAAGUUUUCAUGAGAUUUUUUUCUUUUUUUUUCAACACUGAAAAAUUUUUUCUUUUCAUACCAGUAGCAAAAAAUGACUAUAACUUACGUAGUAAGGUUAGGUAAUAGUAAGAAAGGGACAUUAACUAUGGUAUAUAUUAUACAAACCAUAAUUUUGUUUUUAAAAAAAAUAAUUUGGAAGAGUUAAAAUUUAAGAUAUGAAAUUUCUUGAAAAACGCAGACUAAAUUAAAUCUGAAUUAAAUUGAAAUAAUUGUGAUCUGAUAUGGGUUUUUCCCUUCCCAACUUUUUUAAAGAAUGUUCUUCCAAAUUAAUUCAUUAUAAAUUAAAUACCAUGCAGAUAUUUGAUAUUCAGGGAUUAUUCUUGAAAACUUCCUUGUUCCGUUUUAAAAAAGAAUUUUAAUUAUUAUUAUUGUAUCGAUAAGUUUUACCCCCUUCAUAAAUUCACAGAAACCUUUCUGUGUAGUCUGCAGUUAGUUUGCAUCAGCUGAAAACAUCAUCGUUAAAACAUCCACCAUUCUUAAGACUUAAGGGCAUAAUGAAUUAUAUUCGUCAAGACAGGUGUAGCUUCUAACCUCCAAAGACAGUAAAUCAUUUCAAUAUUUGUUUAUGGCAUAUGAUUAUCACUGAACCAGAAUUUAAAAAUUCUUUCAAUAAUAUGGUAUGAUGACAAAUAACUAUAGAAAAUCAAAUUCCUGGCGAUUUAAAUGGAGGCCGCAUACCACUUACUAAAUACUUGUGUGAAACAUUACACCAUUUUUGAUCAGGAGAUUUUUAUUUGACCAUUGUGUUAAAAAAAAAAUCCUCAACGUCUCUGUACUCAUUUAGAUCAAAACUGUACUCAUUGUUAGGAUCAAAGACAACGUAGCUUUUAAGUUUAAUGAAAAUAAUUUGUAUGUGGGUGCAUGUUUAAAACUUGUAAUCGGGUGCUUUGUUAUUGGCUGUACUUCAUGAGUCUUUUUUUUUGUUAGUCAAGACAUAAGUCUUAGUUUCAAUCAAUCCUGUGAAAUAUAAGGUCCCAUGAGAGUGUAUUAUUUUUGUUUUAAGGAAUAUAUUGAAAAAGAAACUAGAAAUGAACUAUUUUUAUGCUUAUUUCUGACAGGAUACUACUGCUAUUUUCAAAGAAUGAAAAAAAUCAGCUUGAAUGUCAAUUCAGUUUUAGAAAAUCCUGCUAAAUUUAUUACAAAUGUAAAAGAUUUUAAAGUGCAUAAAUUUUAAGUGAUAGACUUUAAAUUUGUAUAUAUUAUAAAUAUUCAACAAAUAUGUUGUAUUUAUUAUCUCAGCUCACAAAU